UUUUUCUCUCACUUGGGCUGUCUCCUUGGUCACACACAUGCACAAACACUGACAAGGGCUAAGUCCUGCUACGACUGCCACCAACAUCAUGGAGAAAAGCUCCCCUGUUUCUUUGGACAUCACAGGGCCUCAGCAGCCCAAACUGGAAACUAGUUUAGAACUGGACUCAACAGCAAAGAUUGACCCCAGAGAGCAAAAGGAGGAUGAGGAAGAGGAGAAAGAAGUACAAAGCUUCACUGGAGAGGAUGCAAAAAGGCAAAGCUUGGAUCCAGAGUGGGUGGAGGAGAGGUUCAGGAUUGACAGGAAGAAGCUUGAAAGCAUGCUGUAUGCUCCGGAACAAGGAGGAGAGACAGGAGAAAAGUUUUUCGAGCGAGUAAUGAGAGAAACUAGCACUCAGGUGAAAUGGCCAUCCAAACUAAAGAUUGGAGCCAAGUCAAAGAAAGACCCUCAUGUGAAGGUGGAAGGGAAGAGAACCGACGUUAUGGCAGCCAAAAAGAAGAUACUUGAAGUGCUGGAAACCAAGGUGAACAAGGUGACUCUGAAGAUGGACGUGGCUUUCACAGAGCAUUCCCAUGUCAUUGGAAAAGGAGGUGGGAACAUAAAGAAGGUGAUGGAAGUCACAGGCUGUCACAUCCACUUCCCCGACUCCAAUCGUCACAACGCUGCAGGAGAGAAGAGCAAUCAGGUUUCUAUCGCUGGCCCCAUAGAAGGGGUGGAAGAAGCCAGGAGGAGGAUAAGAGACCUUCAGCCUCUCUCUCUGACUUUUGACCUGCCAGUCAGCCUGGUACCCCAGGCUCUGCCAGAUGCAGGCUCCCCAUUCAUCCAACAGGUGGCGCAGACUUUGGGGGUCAGUGUGGGUUUCAGGGCUGUGCUGCCACUGCCUCAAGCCCAGACAGCCUUUUAUGGAAGCUCCUGCACAGUUUGGGGACUGCAAGGCAACACAGCUGCUGUCAAGAAGGCGACAUGCAUCCUGAUGGAGCUCCUGCUUGGGUCAGAGGCCUCAGGGGAGAUUGUGAGCAGCCAGCUGGAUGUCACUGCUCAGCAGCAUCUCUUCCUGCUGGGACAAAAUGGUGCAAACUUUCUAAGUGUUAUGCACAAGACCCAGACCCAGAUCAUUCUGCCAGACCUCAGUGCCCCUCAGAGUCCCCCCUCAUUGCUCAUUCAGGGCAGCCCUGACGGAGUGUGUCUCGCUCGGCAACAGCUCAUGGAUUGCCUACCAGUGUGUUUGAUGUUUGACAUUCGGGAAGAUGGGGAGGGAGGCCCUUCCAAACUGGCUCAGAUGAUGCAAAACCUCGGAGUCUUCAUUAGCGUCAAGCCCAAAGCGAAACAGACAAGCAAGUCAGUGGUGGUGAAGGGUCUGGAAAGGAACAUCUCCUGCAUUUAUGAAGCCCGGCGUCUGCUCCUAGGACUCGAUUCCUCUGAGACUGCGAAGAUAACUACAGUGAACCCUGACCUCAUGUCACCUGGUGGCAGACUGGCAAACUACUGGCUCGACAUGUUGCUGCAGCAGCUUGCUCUCUCUGAACAGGGCUCUGCACCUGUUCAAACCACAGAGGUGCUGAAUGGAACUAAAUCCCACCUGUCAGCUCCACCAGGCCUCACUUCUCCAACAGAUGAGGGAAGGACAGCACUGAAGGGAACAGACAGUCGGCAACUGGAAAAGAUCCUUGAAAGCGAGAAUCAGUCUGACCAAUCUGAGGAGGAGAGCAUUGAGGUUGUGAGAAUGUCACCAUCUGAGGUGUGCACAUUAGGAAACAACAACAUCAGCAGGGUGGGUCUGAAUGGUAGGAGGGGGAGUCUCCAAGGUCCAGAAAUCAGCAAAAUACACAGCCAGGGCAGACGGCAUUCCACAGGGCAGGCGCUGGCAUACAGGUUGGUGAACGCAGAGACAGAGCGAGGGUGGAGUGAGCGAAGGAACAGCCUGAGGAGAGAUGCUCCUCGGGCUCAAAAUGUUCACGCUGACUCAUCUAAGGUCGGGGAUUAUGACUAUGAGAAGAAGAAACUGAUGGCAACAAGAGCCAUGCAGAGGAAACCUGUGGUCACAGAGGUUCGGACACCCACAGACACCUGGAGUGGGCUCGGAUUUUCCAAGUCUAUGCCAGCUGAAGCUAUCAAGGACCUCCGUAGCAUCAGCCGACGCAGCUACAAACCUUACCUGAGUGCCAACACCAAUCAGCAGCAGUCUUGGGCUACUCAGAAGGGAAAAAUGUGUCUUGGUAGCGACUCUGAGAACUGGAGGGACAGACGCGGAUCCACAUCUCAGAUUGUCUCCUCGUCUUCCCCCUCUUCCUCGUCUCCAUCCUCCCCCUCCACACCUCCACCUGGCUUCCCUUCCUUUUCUGUGUUUUCGUCCUCACUGAACAGAAGCAGAAAUGACAAGUCAUACGAAAACUCUGUUGGCGGAUGUUUCUUCGAAGGUGCGUACUCUGCGAGGAGGGAGUCAACCUGCAGUCAGCGAAGCCCCUCCCCCCUCGUGACGGAUGACUUACCUGAGCUGCUCAGCGAACUUGGGCUAAUCAAAUACAUUGACCUGUUUGAACAACAGGAGAUUGACUACCAGACAUUUCUCACUCUGUCUGAUGAGGACUUGAAAGAAAUAGGGAUCUCCACUUUUGGAGCCAGACGCAAGAUGACAUUAGCUAUCUCAGAUCUGAACAAGAGCAAAACGAGUCUGUCGGAUGCACAACCAGUGAAGCCCGGCUACCUGGAAGGUGGCGCGAGUGGUAGACUUCCACGCAUCUUGGAUCUGGAUGUUGCAGUUCAGAGUAACCGCUGGUGAGAGGAGACGGCAAGUGGAUCUGAGCUUUUAAAUACAUCGCAAUGCAGCCAGAGGAAAAAAAUGCCCUCACUGCUGUUCAUUUACAAGAAACUGAGAAGCGAGACGCAUCCUGUACACAUUACAUCCAGUGGUUUAUAUCAAGAACAAUAUUCCAAAGCUUUUUGUGUUUUUAUACGACUCAAAACAAAGAGGCCUUCCCUACAAAAGCAGGGACUUCACAAAAGCCUUUUGUAUGUUUUGAGGUGUUAUUUUUACCCAUUUUUGUAUGCAGCUGCAAAUUGAUAUUUCCAAAAGGAAAUGAUGUUAGUGAUUAGGAAAAUCCCAGAGUUAAAGCGUAUGGGUCAAUGCAAUGCAUGUUUUACUGAAGCGUAUCCAUACAAAAAACUAUUGUAUAUGAAAGGCAAAGUUUAGCUUCAUUAUUUCUUUGGCAUUCAGGUUAAAUAAUGAGUGUUUUGAGGGGGCUUAGAAGUGAAAGCAUGCCACUAGAGGGCAGUGGUGUCCCGCUGUCUUAAUGUCUGUGCUGUAUGAAAAAUUAUGGAUUUGUUUUUCACAUUAGUAUCAGCUUUACAAUCCCAGGUGGAUAAGGUGUUAAUUUUAAAAUGUACUUCAGCAACAAGGAGAACAAGAAAAAAAGGGGGGGGGGGAAAUCUGAAACCUCAGUUACUCCAAGUUCAGCUGAUUUGAUUUUAUCAUUAGUUAUUUAUCAGCAUACUAUUACACCCAAGUUUGCUUUGUCAAACUAGUGUAAUUUGCAAAUUUUAUUAGUUUUUCUUGGAUUUUUAUGGACCCUCUGCUUGCAGGCACAAGGAGGUCUUGAUCUGCUCAGAUGCUUCACAGGCUGGCUGGUUCAGUGGCAGCCAAGCAUGAAACACAGAGAGAGAGAGUGACAGGAAGUGUUGGGCUGUGACAGAUUAGGUAGAGAUGAUCCCUACUUAUUACAAUGUCUCUGCCAAUUACAUAGGCAGGCUUUAAAGCACCGAUCCACAAAUCUGGUCCUUGGGCUCUGGAGAACUGCUGGAUUUUUAUCCUGCCCGAUAGUUAAUUGCGUUCCCCUGAGGUCACAGGUCUAAAUUAGUCGCUGAUCACACGGCUAGAAUGAAAACUACCAAGGAAAAAAUGAGCAGUGCUUUGAACCCCGACAAGUGAGCCACUUGGACUUUUCACUUGAGAAGUGGCAAUCUGGGAACGUGACAAGGCUGCAUGGUGGAAAUGCAAAGCAUCGCCCUGAGCAGAAGAGUCACAGCUUCUUUUGGGUUUUACUCAGGUCAGGUUUGUUACUCAAAAAACCCCCAACAUAUUUCUUUUUUUUUUUAAGUUAUGUGAUUUUUCCAGUCAUUUUUUUUUCUUUGCUAGGAGAAGGUUACUCAUAAGACAUAAUAGAUAGCAUAAAUAUUCACACAGCCUAAAUGUGCCAUAACUUUCACACAUUUUUGUCUACAUAAAGUUUUCUUAAAGGGUCUAAAAGUUUGAAACACACUGAACUAUUAUUGUACACGCAACAAUGUGUUCUGUAUAACAUAAAAAAAGUAUAUUAUAAAUGAAAUAUGUCCAAUAAAGAUGUAGAUGUUAAUUUAGGUGAAACAAUAAAAGACAGAUUCCCAAAGGACCCCAAAUGUAGGACAACAUUGGACGAGAUUCAUUAAACUGGAAAGAGUGGGCUUCUCCUUAGCUACUAAAACAUUAUUAUCUAUUCAAAACACUUUCUCUCACAAGAUAAUUAGACAAAUCUGGUGCAUAGUCUCCACUUCAAGGGACAGAGCAAAGGGUUGAGAGUCAGAGCAUACCCCACAUUUCAUGCACUGGUCUUGAGAGAAGUUUUGAGCUGAUCAACAUUUAGACGACUGCUCUCAGACGUGAGGAAUGUUUUAGAGGUCUUAAUACGAUUACCAUUACAUUAUGGAAUUUAUGCCACAAUCUAAUGGUAAUCAGGGGAAGAAAAAUAGAUUUUUUUUAGGCAAACCUUUGCUUUUUCAUAUAGAAAAUCUGUCUGUGUGUUUGUUGCUGUGUUCUUUAAGAGCUUUAAGGAUAAUAUAAAAGCUCAAGGCUCGUUGAUUAACCCCUUAAAGCCAUAGAAACCAUGGAUGUGUGUUAUAUCUUCUUGUAAAUUUCUGAAUGACUCGUUGCGUUUCAUGUACAAUAACUCAAACAGCUAUGAACAAGACAAAUGAUGGUUGUAGGUUGGAGAUGACCUUUGUGAGAAUUAAAGGUAUUUAUAGCUUUCCUCUCAUA